GUCAGUCAGUACGUGCUCGCUCACGCGGCCGGUGAAUGAUCUCUCCCACAAUCCCCCGCGCGGCUCCUCCCGGGUUCAGACAUGGCGUUCACAUUCGCCGCUUUCUGUUACAUGUUGGCCCUUCUGCUCACCGCGGCCUUAAUCUUCUUCGCCAUCUGGCACAUUAUUGCAUUUGAUGAAUUGAAAACAGACUACAAGAACCCUAUAGACCAAUGUAACACGCUUAACCCUCUCGUGCUCCCUGAAUACCUAAUUCAUGCGUUUUUCUGCGUUAUGUUUCUAUGUGCGGCAGAAUGGCUUACGCUGACUUUAAACAUGCCUCUACUGGCUUACCAUAUUUGGAGGUACAUGAGCAGGCCCGUUAUGAGUGGACCCGGCCUGUAUGACCCCACAACGAUCAUGAAUGCGGAUAUUUUAGCAUUUUGUCAAAAAGAGGGAUGGUGUAAGCUAGCGUUUUACCUGCUUUCCUUUUUUUACUACCUCUACGGUAUGAUCUACGUAUUGGUGAGCUCUUAAGAAGCAGCCUCUGAGGAUCCUGGUUCCAGUUAAUUGCAUGCAAACAUUUAGCACUAUAGGCGUCUGGUCCAACACAAACCUAUUCUCAAGGAAGAUUUGGUUUUUGGAUCACAUUGAAAAAAAUAAAUAAACACACUGCUUCCAAAUUUCGACGAUAUUCCCAUUUUUGUGCCGAUGGGAAGAUUUUUUUCAUGUUUAACGAAGACUGAGAAAUUGUGUGAAAUAUUUAUCAAGUAUUGCAAUGCUCUAUGAGUCUAGCAAAUCCAGUACUCGCUGCUUAUCUCUGUAUCCUGUCUCCUUUUAUAUAUUGGAUUUUGUUUGUUGAGCCUCAUGCAGCAAUAUUCGUAUUACUCGUCCAAUUAGCCACAGUUCGGACAUAGCUAGAAAUGCCUUCAGUUGACCAGUUACCAUAGAAACAUUUCUAAUAUAAUUUAGAGGGAAAAAAUCAUGGAAACUAUUGUCCUAUUGUGAUUGUUAGCUCUCUAUACAAUUUGUUGCCUAUAAGUGAAAGAUUUUAUUGGAAAAUAAAUUAUUCCCUUUUUUUUU